GGAGAGAAGGUCAAGCCUAGAACAAUAAUUACACAAUUUAUAAUUCGCAAAACAAUUGUUUCUGACAAGUGAAAUAUUUUUGUUCGAGCACAGUUUGGUUCUCGGGCGCAAAAGUUUUCCACUAAAUGGGCAAGCGCCGAGGCAACCCAAGUUUUUAAUUGAAAUGCCUAAAGUGGGGCCCAUAGUUUUCCGACCAGUUGAGAGUGAAUUGUCGCCAAGGGCGGGUAAGUAAUGUUGAAUAGGGUAACUAGGCACCAGGAUCCCUCAACCCUUCUCAUUUAUUUGGAUGAAAAAAAGGGGCAGCUCUAGAAUUUUCCAAACAGACUGUUUUUAGUAGCUAAGGUAACAAAAUAAACAAGAUUUCUAGUCUAGUAGAUCGAAGGUUGCCUUGGAACUGGCUGUCAAGUUUGAAAAGUUCAGGUACCAGGUCUAGCCCCAAACUUUCAUCAUUCUAUCACAACGAGCCGAGCUGUGAACACCAUCAACUCCAGCAAAAGCCUAGAAAUAUUUGAAAAUAUUUAAUCGGGUAAAAAAAAUUAAAAGUUUUGGAUAAAAGUACGAACUACGUAAAAUUCAGUGACUUCUCCCCGCGUCGCAUCUAAAAUGUCCCUCUUCGACAAUCCUGAGCAAUUGAAAGCUCUUCAAAACCUCUUGAAUCCCUGUCAAAGGAGGCGUGGCGGCGUCGAUUGCAGUAGCAGCGAGGAUGAGGACGAAUCCAUGGUGGUUCACAAACUGAACCCCGGUGGAAUUGGCCCUCCCAAAACUGGGGCUGCUCCUGGCAAGACGAAAAACAAAAAGAAGGCCAAUCCUUACGUCACGCCCUUGGUUGAGGAGGAAAAGAAGCAGCCAGAGACUCUGGAGCAAUGGCAAGAGCAGCAGGAACGAGAAGAUAAUGAUAUCCUAGAUGCGAGAAAAACGCCUGAAUAUACGAUGACCUAUCGUCAGGCAGUGGGAACCGAAGAUGUUUUCCUGCAGAUGGGUAAUCGGACAGGAUCUUCGGCCAGCUGCGAAGAUCUUGUGCUAGAGAUCUCUUUGCCGGGCGAGGAAAUGUCGGCCGAUAAAAUGCAACUCGAUCUGCAGGAAACUGAACUGGACCUGGGAACUUGUUUGUAUCGCCUUCGCUUGCCCCUGCCUCAUCCUGUGGACGUGGACCGGUGCAAGGCGAAAUACGACAAUGAGUUGAAGAAAAUGCAACUUACACUCCGGCUAAAACGGGAGCUGGACUAUGUUAAUUUUUAAUUACCAAAAACUACCCAAAAUCGGUUUCACACAGCUCCGAUUUUAGUUUUCUUUUUUUUAUAAUGUUGUCUUAAUACUACGGAAGAUAAGAGUACGAAUUUUUACACUAAACUAUAUACUUACAUAUACACAAUACACUAGCUAGAUAUUCUCAUUCGAUGGAUUUUAUUUGUCAAAAUAGCCAGUAAUGUAAAACUUUUAUGGGAAAAAAUGCAAAAAAAAAUAAAUAUAUUCAAAAUUUCUAGUGAAA